AUGGCAAAAGGUUUUAAAUUGAAGGAGUUGCUUUCGCACCAAAAGGACAUUGAAAAAGCUGACAGGCUCCAAAAUGAUCUAAAGAAAAAAAAAUCCCAGGAUUUGAAGAAAGAGGAACCAACCGUUGUUUCAGCCACUGAUUUGAAAAAGCUGGAGGAGCAAAACAAGCAGGCAAAUAGUAACAAAGAUGUUGCUUCUAAUGUGGAAGAAUAUCAGAGCCAGGCCAUGUCUAAAAAAGAGAGAAGAAAAUUAAAGAAAGAAUUAAAAAAGAUGCAAGAAGACGAAGCUGCAAAGACUCAAAAGGAUGAGUCCGGAGCCGAGGAAGACGAAGAAGCUAACGAUGAGGAUAGAAGGCUGGAUCUUGAAAAAUUGGCCAAGAGUGAUUCUGAGUCUGAUAACGAGUCUGGGGAGGACCAGGAUGCUGAUGUAGUUGCCGAAGAAGAAAUUAAGGAAGAGGAGGAAGAAGAGGAAGAAGAGGAACAGGAACAGGAUGUUCCGUUGUCCGAUGUAGAAUUCGAUUCUGAUGCCGAUGUUGUCCCACAUCAUAAACUAACCAUCAACAACACCAAAGCCAUGAAGCAUGCCUUGGAAAGGGUACAAUUGCCCUGGAAAAAACAUUCUUUCCAAGAGCAUCAGAGUGUCAUGUCUGAAACAAAUACGGAUGAACAGAUCAAGGACAUAUACGAUGAUACCGAGAGGGAGUUAGCAUUUUACAAGCAAUCAUUAGACGCUGUCUUAGUGGCACGCGACGAGUUAAAACGACUAAAAGUAUCCUUUAAAAGACCGUUGGAUUAUUUUGCUGAGAUGGUUAAAAGUGAUGAACACAUGGAUAAGAUCAAGGGUAAGCUAAUCGAAGAAGCCAGUGAUAAGAAGGCACGUGAAGAAGCUAGAAGACAGCGACAAUUAAAGAAAUUUGGUAAGCAAGUCCAAAAUGCUACUUUGCAGAAACGUCAAUUGGAAAAGAGAGAAACAUUGGACAAGAUCAAGUCUUUGAAAAACAAAAGAAAGCAUAACGAGAUCGACCACUCCGAGUUUAACGUAGGUGUAGAAGAAGAAGUGGAAGGAAAAAGGUCUGACAGAACCAGACCUAACGGAAAGAGAGCUGCGAAGAAUGCCAAAUAUGGACAAGGUGGUAUGAAGAGAUUCAAGAGAAAGAACGAUGCUUACUCUUCUGCUGAUGUUUCUGGAUAUUCCUCCAGAAAAAUGAAAGGUAAGGCCAAUAGACCUGGGAAAAGUAGACGUACUAGAAGAUUCUAA